CCGAGAAGUCAGAUUGUUGUUCUUCAGCUGUGAAGAGACACUGAGAGACGGCUCGAUUUAAAGUAAAGCCAGGACGUCUACUGGGGGGAAAAAACUACAGGAACACUGGAAAUACAAGAGAAGAUGGCUUCCCCAUUAGAAGAAGAUCUCACCUGUCCUGUCUGUCAGGACAUCUUUAAAGAUCCUGUCAUCCUGUCAUGUAGCCACAGCUUCUGCAAAGACUGUUUGCAAAAAUGGUGGGAAGGGAAACCUGUACAGGAGUGUCCGGUUUGUAAAGGAAGGGCCUUACAGAGUGAUCCACCUUGUAACCUGGCAUUAAAGAACCUGUGUGAGGCCUUCUUACUGGAGAGAGAUCAGAGAUCUUCAGCAGGAUCUGAGGCUCUCUGCAGUCUGCACGCUGAGAAACUCAAACUCUUCUGUCUGGACCAUCAGCAGCCAGUGUGUGUCGUCUGUCGAGAUUCAGAAACACACAAGAAACACAGAUUCAGACCUGUCGAUGAAGCUGCACAGGAUCACAGAGAGGAGCUCCACAAAGCCCUGAAGCCCUUAAAGAAGAAACUGAAGCUGAAAGUGAAAGUGAAAGGAAACUGUGAUCAAACAGCAGAACACAUUCCAGUCCAGGCUCGACACACAGAGAGGCGGAUUAAGGAGCAGUUUAAGAAGCUUCAUCAGUUUCUACAAGAGGAAGAGGAGGCCAGGAUCACUGCUCUGAGGGAGGAAGAGGAGCAGAAGAGUCAGAUGAUGAAGGAGCAGAUUGAGGCUCUGAGCAGAGAGAUAGCAGCUCUUUCAGACACAAUCAGAGCCACAGAGGAGGAGCUGAGAGCUGAAGACGUCUCAUUCCUGCAGAACUACAAGGCUGCAGUGGAAAGAGUCCAGCAGCGCCCCCUGCUGGAUGAUCCACAGCUGGUCUCAGGAGCUCUGAUAGACGAGGCCAAACACCUGGGCAACUUGGCCUUUGACAUCUGGAACAAGAUGAAGGAGAUGGUCUCCUACACUCCUGUGAUUCUGGAUCCAAACUCUGCUCAUCCAGAACUCAUCCUGUCUGAAGAUCUGACCAGUGUGACACGUGGAGAGAGACAGAAACUUCCAGAGUAUCCAGAGAGGUUUGAUUCCUUCAUCUCUGUCCUGGGCUCUGAGGGCUUUGACUCAGGGACUCACAGCUGGGACGUCGAGGUCGGACACAGUCCGGUCUGGGCGGUGGGCGUGUUAGCGAAGUCCGUCCUGAGCAACGUCGGCAAACGGUCUGGGUUAUUCCAAAUUGUGUUCUGUGACGAUGAGUACACAGCGGACUCUGAUCCAGAUCACCCCACUGUUCUCCCAGUAAAGACGAAGCUCCAGAGAAUCAGAGUCAAACUGGACUGCAGCAGGGGAAAGCUGUCGUUCUCUGAUGCUGAUACUAACACACACAUACACACCUUCACACACACCUUUACUCAGAGGCUGUUUCCAUACAUUAACACUGUAAAUGCACACCCACUGAAGAUAUUACAAACUCCUGUCUCUGUGAUGGGAAAACAGUGCAGUUAGACAGGAAUAUGAGUGGUGAUGUACUGUUGUGAUGGCUGUAACAGAGCAACCAUUUACUGAUUGGAUGUUGUUUUUGCUACGGUCAACAAUGAGCUAGUGUAUUUGUAGAAAAAUGGAAGUUUGAACAUGUACACAGCAACUGUGAAACAUCUGUAGAUGAAGAUCACAUGGUACGAUUGAAAGCUCCUGAACAGCUGCUAAGUGGGCCCUGUGGUGUGAAUUUUUCAUCAACCAGCAGCCACAGUAAUGUAAGGAAAUGUAAAAUCUUUGUGGUGUUUUGGGGUUUUUUUCCCUCUUCCUGUGUUCCCUCCAUGUUUUUCAAGGUCUUCAUGAUCUUCUCAGCUCUCAUAAGCAGCUGACAUGACACUGUUCUUGGACUGUCUGCUGCACUAAUGAAUUAUGAAUGAUUUGAUGAAGUGACUCAUUUAGUCAGUUUGGUAGAUACAGAUUUAUACAGCGAUGUUAUGUUCAAGUCCCGAAGUAAAAGUGUGCUUUUCUAAAGACGAUAUUAUGCGACGGUUGGAGCAUUUCAAGACUUGGAUGGACGUGAAGCUCUCCAGGUUGAAGUUUCAGUUCAACAGAUGAAUAACUGUGCAAGAAAAUAUUGCAUUAAAAAAAGACAAUGGUACAAG